GGUAGGUCGUGUUUUUCAGAUCCUCCUCUUCUUGUGUUUGAUUGGUGGACUCCGUCACGUGAACUUCAGCUCGGCUCCACCUACUGGUCAGACGCGGGCGCGCACCAUCGGACGCGCGUGACCUCCGUGUUCGACUGGUUCUGACACCCGGGUGUGUGGUGGGUCCGGUCUGAGGACGGCGGUCCCGUUCGGACUCGGAAGUCUCUGUCGUGCCGUUCAGGUCUCCGGUACCGGUACCGGGGAGGGAGGGAAGGAGGCUCCUUCCGGGUUCAGGGGACUUGGACCCGUGAACCUGUUCCAGUCUUGGACGCACGGACUGCGCACCGGCUCUGCGCACCGCACCAUGUCCCAGGUCCGGCGGCUCAGGGCCCUGCUGGAGCCCCGGCUCCCCGCAGACCUUCUGGGGCUGUUCGAGUCCACCAUAGCGGAGUACGAGGAGGAGGUGAGGCGGCUGAAGGAGGAGAACGAGCGGAAGCAGAGGCUGCUGGAGGCGGCGUGGAACCCGCGCGUGCUUUUACGCAGAGCAGAUAUCCAGCACCUGAAUGUGGUUCAAGAGGUUCCAUCUGAGGAGCAGGACUGGACAUCCAAUCCAGACCUGGACGACCCAGAGUCCUGGUCUGGGACCUACUUUACAGACCUGGAGGGAGAACUGUGUCAGUGUCAUGACGAGGCUGGUAUCACCGAUGUCCCGUCCCCUUCAGUCCAUCUAAUGACAGAAGACGAGGACGUGGAAACUUGGUCCUCACCGCUUCAUCAAACACAAACUGAAGAGAACCAAGAGGAACCGGACGGGGAGGACCGUGGAGGAUCAGAAGAAGCCAGCAGAGUUGAGGCCGAUGGAGGGUUUGAAGAUCCCACUGACGAUGAGGACUGCGAUGAAGACCAGACUCCGAGCAGAGAACCAGAGGGACAUUUAAACAAAAACUCAGAGCCUCAAGACAAAAGGUCAGCUGAACCGAUGGAGGUGGAAGCUGAAACGGAGGACUGCCCAGGAGCUGAACCAGCCAAAGGUUCAGGUCUGGUUCCAGGGUCCCAACAGAGUGAUGACGGCCAGACUGAAGACAUGGGGGACGGUGACGAAGAGUGGACGCCAAGCAGCAGGGACAAAAAGACAAAGCGUUUAUCCAAGAGUUCAACUGAACCGAUGGAGGCGGACGCUGAUGGAGAGGACGACGGACAAUCCGAACCAACUAGAAGUGAAGACCCAGGGAGACAUUUGCAAGAAAAUACUAUAGACCUGCCUGAAGACUCGUCCGACGCUGACGAUGAAGAGUGGAAACCAAAAAGUAACGGAGAGGAUAGUUCGGAUUCAGAAUUACACAGUAACGAAAAGACGGCAACAAAGCACACGAAAAAAGGAGCCGAAUCCACGAGUAGAAGAACCACUGAGAACAAGAAUUCUGAAAAAAAGGGACAUUCGGACACUAUAAAUAACAGCCUGUUUUGUUGUUGCGAUGACAACGGUUCUCCAAACAAAGCAACCAACACUCCCAAGAAGAAAAAAAGUUACGGAGUAGCUAAACAAAAACAAGCCAAGCGAUACAGCUGCUGCGAAUGUGGGAAGGCGUUUAUCGGGAGGACGCAUCUGGAAGCGCACAUGAGAGUCCACACCGGAGAGACACCCUUCCGAUGUCCCAUCUGUCAGAAACAUUUUAAAUACGAAGGUAAUAUGAAGGUCCACAUCACCACUCAUGCAGCAGACAAACGGUUUAAAUGUUCCAUCUGCGGUUCGGGAUUUACUCGAGAGUCGGGGUUACAGGAUCACAUGAAGGGGCACCGAGGAGAAAGACCUUUCAGCUGCUCCGUUUGUCAGAAGUCGUUCAGAGAUAAAAGUAAUUUCAGGAGACACAUGAAGUGUCACACAGGAGAGAAAAUGUACGGAUGUUCAGUGUGUGGCUUAAAAUUUACCAGGAGGUCCGGUUUAGCCGAACAUCUGACCCUACACACCCAGAACAGAGAAAAACCCUUCAGCUGUUCAGUUUGUCAGAAACGUUUUACUCACAAGAGUAACCUCAGGAGACACUUGACCAUCCACACCGGACUGAAACUGUUCUCCUGCGAAAUUUGCGAUGCAAAAUUUACUCAGAAAUCUCAUAUACGUAAUCACAUGGUACGCCACGCCAAAGUCAAACCCUUCAGCUGUUCAGUUUGUCACAAGACUUUCACACGCGAAAUUCAUGUUAAGGCGCAUAUGAUCGCACACUCAGGAAAGGAACUGUUCCACUGCUCGAUAUGCGGCGCAGGAUUCCCUCAGCGAACCAGCGUUCGCGAUCACAUGAUGUCGAGUCACACUGAAAACAGGCCCUUCAAAUGUUCGCACUGUCCCAAGGCUUUUAAACGACAGCCUCACCUCGAGCGACACGAGGCGAUUCACACCGGACACCAGCCGUUCAGCUGUUCGGUUUGUUGGCAGAAGUUCACCCAGAAGGCGCACCUGAACAGACACAUGUUGCGUCACACCGAGAAGAAAAUUUACAGCUGUUCGAUCUGUCACAAAAACUUUACACGGAGCUGGUCCAUCAAGAUACACAUGAGAUUCCACAAGGACGAGGUCAAGGACGCACCUGAUUCAGGUGUCGGAGAUGCUGAAAAAUGAAAGCAUCUGUACCGGUUCGGACACUUUGGAUUCAGAACCGCAGAUCCACACUGGACUUGAUCUGGUAUUCAUGGGACGCCACCAUCACAUGUGGCCUUUACGCACCGAGCUUUAACAACAUACAGAUACAGUUAGAGUAGAACCUGGCAGUACUCACGCCGUACUACCAGGCUUUCGAUUUACAAACCGCAGCACCCGAGUUUUUUUGGUUUUGAAAUACAAGUGGAAUUUAGCGGUAUGAGCGGCUUCAUACAAGGGCAGAGGUGUGGAACUGACAUUCAACCCAGUUUGAGCUGGAGUGGGCCAGUAAAACCAUCGCAUAAGAGAUCAGACUAGACCAGAUUAAACUAGACUAGACUAGCCUAUAUUAAAGUAGACUAGACUAUAUUAAACUAGACUAGACUAGAUUAAACUAGACUAGCCUAUAUUAAAGUAGACUAGACUAUAUUAAACUAGACUAG